AUGGUUCAAAAAUUAUCGGUCGGAUACAAUAAGAUAUACGGUUCACAAUUAAAAGAUGAUAUUGCUAAUAAACGAAUACAUAAAGCAUGUUAUCACUGUUUACAUUCUUCAGAACAACGUACUACGAAAUACGAACUGACAGCUGAAGCUCGUGAUGAUGAUAUCGUUGGCAUUACAGACGAUGUUGCGAUACAUAAUCACAGUGGUACAGCUUCUGAACAAUUGUUGUCUCAACCAUCUUCGAAUAGAAAAGUUGCAAAGAAAUCCACAAUAAAAAGAUUUUUGAGUCACUUGCCAUUUACCUCAGCUAACAAACAGCAGAAUAAUGUUUCACAAUUUUCAACUACAGAUGAUAAUAGCACAACUUCGGGUUCUACAACAUAUAUAACUUCUGCAUCUUGGCGGAGUUUACGAAAAACUUUAUCAAAUCGAUCACAACUAAAUGAUUGUGACAGCGGAAUGGCAUCUGCAGUAUCACUGUUAGAAAGUAGUAGUAUUGAUCGUACACCACAUAUCAGCACUGAUGCUCAACCGUUAUGUAGUACUCCUAUGCAAUACACCAUAGGAUAUUCACAGUCGAAGAAGAUUCAGAGAGGAUCGUUACCGAAAUUUCAAUCACUGAUAUCAGAUGAGAUUAUUGAAGAAGAACACGAGGAGCAAGAAGAAGCAAGUGUCUCUCUAAACCAUACUCUAUAG